GUUUAUUUUGAACUAAAAUAACUUAAUUAUAAGGUUGAAUGAAUUUGACCUUUUUAAAAACUCUUUUUCAUUGGUGGAUUUUAAUUUAUGCAUUACGUAGGCAGUAAACAACUUUCUAUUGGUCGCCUAUAUUUUUGGCGGUAAACUUUUUUGUCGCUUGCGCUUCUGCCUUUUUGGUCCAUUUUUGUAUUCGUUUGACAAGAAGAUCACAUGUUGAAAAUUCUAUUUUACACAAAUUUAUUGAAAGUUAUUUUACAGAAUUGUUCCACAUAUGUUGGUAUUUUAUUUGAUUUAUGGACUGGUGUUUUAUUCAUCAGGAUUUUAUAGUGCAUACCAAGAGGAGUUUUCGUAUUCAGUAAAUAAUAUUUCGUUGAAUACGAAUAAACUUUAUUUCGGUACUUCGUGCCGCGUAAGCUGUUUGUAUUUCGGUACUUCGUGCCGCGUAAGCUGUUUGUAUUUUGGGACUAACAUGGCGUCCAAGGAACUGGAGAAGAAAAAAAUAUUACCUUCUAGAGGUAAAAGAGUGGACUAUAAAUUGUUAAAUGACGGAUUCGGAGAUGAAGACCAGGAAUCCUUCUGGACAGAGGAACACAUGGAAGAUAUUAAAUUGUUUUCCGAGGAAACUACGCAAGCGACCUUGUUGCCAACUUCCGCUUCCGCUAAAAAUGUCAGUUUUCACGAGGAUGAUGAAUUUUCUGGGGAUACAGACUUGAAUAGUAAGAGUCGUCAGACUGAUUCUGGUAUCAUUCAGAUGAAGAAGGAGCUGAGCGCCUUACAACAAGAAGAACGGGUUCUUAAGGAACAGUUAUCCGAAGCAGACGUAUUGAGAAAACAAAUUGAACAGAAGAAACAGGACGUUAAAAAAUUAAGAGAACAUGUAGCUCAUCCACCACUUCGAAAGUGUACAAUUGUCUCAGACUCCAUUGCCAGAAAUGUGUCAGGUAUUUGGGAUACUCAAUAA